AUGGCCCGCCUUGUGCGGCCAAAGAAGAAUGCUGCAAGGGCAGAAAGUGACGAUGCUGACCCGGUGACGCUUGUGUCACCUACGUUAGAUUCUCCGAGACCCCCUCGUGUCAGCCUACCUCAUGUGGAAACCCAGUUGAAUAUGCAUCAGUACAAUGGUUUGUUCGAUGUCAGCUCAUCUGAAUGCCAAAAGACAACUACAGCUGUAGAAACUUCUCCGGAUUCCACAUCCACGUCCCCACGUACUUCCAAUCCUACGAACGGCGAUGUUUCUACCGCCGAAUGGUCCUCGGCUGUUGGCCAUGCGGCCACGGGCAAAUCGGGCCGUGUCAUACAUAAUCUUCAAGAAGAAAUCGCACGUUUGACUCGCGAAUGCAGUGUAUAUCGUUCACGGGCGGAAGAAACUCAGCGGAUGAACGAUGCUUUUAAGAUGCAGGUACAGAACAUGACCGAACGCCUUCGGAAUCUUGAGCAGGCCAACGAAACGAAUCUACAUUCGAUCUCGCGCAAGGACAAGAAAAUUGAGGAGUUACGGGCCGAAAUACAGAGCGAGAAAGAAAGACGACGCCGAGCCGAGGGAGAGACCGAUAAGUUCCAGCAAUUGAUGAAUGAAGCUCGUGAUGAAUUCAAUCGAAAAUGCGCGGAGCUACAGGAGAUUGCAAAUCACGCCCGAACACAGUACGAUGUGCUUGCGAAAGCUGGACAACGUGAACGCGCAGAUCAGCAGAGGAAACUCAAAGCGAUCCGGGAUGAUUUCCUCACUUUGAAAGCGGAGCAUGAAAAAAGAGACGUACAGCUAGAUCGCCUGGACGCGGUCAUGGCGCAGAAAAAUCGUGAGAUCGAGAUUGGUAGAGAAAGAUUCGAUCAGCUCUUCGAGGACUACGAAGCAUACAAAAAGGCUCACGACGAGGAGGUGCGGGCCUUGAUCGAGAGGAGCUAUCAAGGCGCAGCCAACAUAGAUAGUGCUCUCGCCUCACUCAAGGAGACUGAAGGGAAAAUGAAAUGGGCUAUCCAAGUCAAGAACGAGAUUAAAGACGCCCGAUGA